GAAACAACUGCUGCGUGAAGGCAUUUUGGUUCGAUACGUAUAAAGACCGAGAGAUGAGCUGUAGACUAGUUAUUAAUGAAACGUCACCAAUUUCUAUAGGAAGAAUAGAGAAAAUAAACGAAACCCAGAUACUUCUCUCAGCUUUUGGCUGUCAAACGCUGUACAUAAUAAAUGUGAAUAAUGGCUUAAGUAUUCACACCACUAUAGACACAGGAAAAUAUAAUCGGGGCAAUGGGGUUAUUAGGGCAAGGACCCACUCUGCACCCGAAACCCGACUGGUCAUUGGCUACAAUCAAGGAUUAUCAAUUAUCGACAUUGAUGGUGGUAUGGUCAGAAACAUGGAUAUUUCUAAUGAUGGUAAACCAUAUAUAAGCGAUCCAUGGUACCAAGCAAUAACACCCACUUGCAAUAUCCUAGUGUCGCACAAAGAUGACUGUCUGCUGUGUGUGACCCAGAAAAGAGAAGUGUUGUGGAAAUACCCGACAGAAGAUCCAGCUGGCCUAGACUGUGAUGUGCAAGGAAACAUAUAUCUCACACUAUGUGACGAAAACAAGGUGAUUCUCGUGUCCCCUGACGGAGAGUUCAUUAAAGAUGUAUUAUCAGCUGAUGAUAACAUUAAAAAGCCGCGUGGUAUAUGCUAUGACUCUGUGAAAAAAAGACUCUACGUUGCAGAGCUCGACGGCUUAAUCAAGGUCUUUGAGCACAAGUGAUGAGCUUUAAAACAACACUAUUCUUCUGUUAGUAAAUAACAAGUAAUGUAGCCUGAACUAGGGUGUUUGAAUGAUAGUUCCUAUGUCAUGACCUUUGCAAACUGAAAUAACACAGUACUUUCAAUAAAGAAACGGCGUCUUCAAUAGCGCUUAUAACGGUUCAUUAUUCAAACCAAUAAUGUGGAAAGUCUCCAUGACAAUUACCAGUAGGUGCAAUUCAUUGCACCAUAUUACAUAAACAAUCUCAUAUCUCGUGCAUGUCAUCAUUUUAGGUUAAUACAGAAUAACACAUGUCUAAGCAGAAUAGUACUUAACAAAAGAGCUUUGGUGUAUCUAAUGCAUGCAAAAUAACACUUGUAUAUAACAUUAGCUUUUACGCUUAUUCAGUUACUUGUACGUAAUUGGUAGUGUUAAUUUCAGUGAACAAUAGAUUAUAAAAUCUAUGAAGACAUUGCUUGUGAUUAACUGAAAGAUGUCAGAGACAAAUGAUUAUAAUGUGUGUUCCAGUCUGACUUAAACAAAAUUUUACAUUCUGCUGUGCCAUUUCGUGACGUCAUUCCCAGUGUGUUAAGCUGUAGGUUAAUUACUGAAUAAAUUAUUUUUCACACCAGUGUAAAGGGAUCAAUAUAUACAACCGAUUCUAUACUUUCUGUUGCUUAUAUAUCCAACUUUAUAAUCAGUAAAGCAAUGUAAAAUGUUUGUACAUGUACCUGCUAGUAUUGAAUAACUGCUUACAUAAUAAAUAACUAAAGUUUC